AUCUCAUGCUCUUCAUACAAUAGAAACAAUUGUAACAAAGCACAAUAUUAACAUUGAAAGUGUUGUAAUCAAGGAAAUUGCAGAUUCUGUUUGUCUAACAAAUCCACUUUUUGCAUCAAUUUCUGAAAAGGGCACUUUGUCUACUGACUAUAAACGAAAUCAAUAUUUCAAAAGGAACUUUUUUGUAAUCGAACCUACUGAAUAUCUUUAUGAGCAUUCUCAUAAAGAAGUGUUUGUUCAUGUUCCAGUCAUUCGGUUGCUUGAAACCUUGUUAAAUCAAGACAGCUUUUUAAAUAACAUUGAAUUUACACAUAAACAUCUCCCUGGACAAUACAGCUCAUUUAAAGAUGGAAAGUACUACAGGGAAAGUGGAUUUGUUACAGAAGAUGAUGUUAAACUAAGUUUAGCCUUUUAUGUGGAUGAGUUUGAAAUUUGCAACCCUCUUGGAACAUCUCGAAAAAUCCAUAAAAUCACUGCUGUGUACUGGGUGGUCUUAAAUUUACCUGCAAAUUUAAGAUCUACUUUAUCAUCAAUCCAGUUAGCUGUUUUAGGAAAAAGUAUUGAUGUUAAAAAAUUUGGAUUUGACAAAUUUCUUGAACCUUUGAUAAAAGAGUUAAAAUCUCUGGAGCAUGAAGGUUUGUUUGUGGAAGCUUUAGGACAUUAUAUAAAACCAACUGUAUUCUGUGUGUGUGCCGAUAAUCUUGGAGCACAUGGUCUUGCUGGUUUUCAGGAAAAUUUUAAUGUAGAAAAAUUCUGUCGAUUCUGUUUGAUUAGUCGUGAUCAGAUUUCAACUGUAAAACCAUGUGACUUUCCUUUGAGAACUGUGGAUCAACAUGAUUUAUUUGUAGAACAGCUUAAGCAGAGUGCUGUUCAGAGUGUUAAUGGUAUAAAGAGUGAGUGUGCAUUGAGCAAACACUUAAGAUACUUUCAUCCUGUAACUGGAUUUCCCCCGGACAUUUUACAUGAUUUCUUUGAAGGGGUCAUCCCUGUGGAGUUAUCUUUGUGCCUCAGAGACUUAAUUUCCAAAGGUUUCAUUACUCUUGAAGGAGUAAAUCACUCCAUUAGAACAUUUCCUUACAAGUACUCUGACAGGGUCAACAAACCAAAGACAAUUCUAAAAACAAGUCUUGCUAAAGGAUCAAUCGGAGGAAAUGGACACGAAAAUUGGACGUUAUUGCGCUUACUUCCUCUGAUGAUUGGGGAUCGUAUCCCAGAGCAUGAGCCAUCAUGGGACAUAUUAAUGGACCUAAAAGAAAUAGUUGAGAUUGUUUUGUCAAACAGUCUCUCUGAUGAAACUCUGUGUUACUUGUCAUUUAAAUUUUCUGACCACCGCUUGCUUCUUACUUCCACUUUUCCGGACUAUGCAUUAAAGCCUAAGCAUCACUUUAUCGAACACUACCCAGAACUAACUAAAUGUUUUGGACCUUUAGUGACUUUGUGGACCAUGCGCUUUGAGUCUAAGCACUCUUUCUUCAAGAAGGUUGCACGUGAUGCCCACAACAUGAAAAAUGUACUUCUCACUCUUUCCAUGAAACAUCAACAGAUGAUUGCAUACCAUUUGGAUGCACAAAGCCUUUUAAAGUCAGACUUGCAUGUUGAAAAGUUGGAUGUGGUUAGCAUAUCAUUGUUGGAUGCAACCCUGAGGCAUGCUGUACAAACAAAGUUCCCACAGUUGCACACUGUGUCACUGUCCAGAGACGUUUGUCUUCAUGGAACUAGAUAUGCCAAGAACAUGAUCAUAUCGGCAGGACACUGCAAUGGACAGCCUGAGUUCUUCAGAAUAGAAAGCAUGUUGAUCCAUUCUGCCAAAGUGUUCUUUAUAACAAAAAGGGUUUCUGCCUGGUAUUUAGAACAUUUGAGAUCUUAUGAACUUGUUGAAAGCCACUAUACUGACAUGGUUAUCUUUGACUCUGGUGACCUAAAUGGCUAUCACCCAUUAAUUCCAUACAGUGUGGGAUCAAAAGUGUUCGUGACCCUGAGGACCUAUUUGCAGCAUUAAAUGUCCUUUACAAUGCCUUUGCUACUACGAGUCAUCAUUUCCUCCACUGAAGCCCGGCGAGUCCAGCUUCCUGAAGUGCCUGAAUCAGUGGAAUCUCUCAUCACUAUUCUUCAAGAGAAGCUGCAAUUACAAGGACAGUUUUCUCUUAAGUUUGAGGAUGCUGAUUUUGGCAAUGCACUUUGCAACCUGUCUGACAUCUCAGAAUUGCCCAGUGGAAAAGCAGUCUUGCAUAUUCAGUGGUGCAAGUCAUCAGCUUAUGAAAGCAGUAGCCUUCCAUCAGUUUCAUCACUUGAUACUGCUAGUCUCGACUCUGAAGAAUCCUUGCCAAGCACUUCAGGCUCUGUGCAAAACUAUUUACGUACUGCCUCAGAAUGGCCCUCGCCAUUCCCCAUACCAGCGCUGUCAUUUGAUGUGGAGCUAAAACUAAGACGAGGAAACGAGGCAUUUGAAAAAACAAAAAUAGGCAUUGAUGUGACUAGAGACAUGAAAAUAGAGAUUCUUGACAAAAUAGUGCAGACAGUUUUUGACAUAAAGGCAUACCCUGACAAUCAGGAAAUUGAAUCCAUUGCAUCUGCUUUGGUUUUAAAAUAUCCUUGCCUUAAGGAGCCUGGCAAAGGAAAGGGUUUUGAGGGAUGGUUGAUCAGCAUCAAAAACAAGCUAAACAAUUAUAGGGCAAAGUUGCGAGAGGCAGGUUGCAAUGAAGUAAUUGUUAACAGAAAGCGAAACGAUGAUGCCAGUGGUCGGAGGAGUUUCACUCUGAAAAAGGCAAAGCGUGGAGAAGUCAAUCAUGUACCGGAACAUCCAUGCAACCACACUGACACUUCACUUGAAGAGCAAAGAGUUUUUUUGGUAGAGGAAACCAAAAAGGCAAGAAGAGACAUGGCAGCCAUAAGUGAAAAAAUGGAACUAACAUUUUCCCUUAGAAGAAAAGAAAUGGUCCAAGAGCAGCCAAUGAUUGUAGAGGUUCAGGAGAGGUGGCCUGCACUCUUUUUUCAAGAACAGAUCUGUGAGGAAUUUUUCCGCAUCACCAACAAAGACCUACUAGGAGUCUUCAUGGCAGCCACUGACAAGUACACACCAAAGCUUCUGAAAUUAUACAGAGCCAGAAAAGGAGCGUUUGGACAUGAAAUGGAAGAGCUCCUGGAAAGACUUGAUGAAAGGACAACAGAAAUUGUUAAUCACAGAAGGACUGCUGCUUUGGAGGGCCUGCCUUUGUUUCUUCGAGAGAAACACACUAACCUUUUCAAGAAAUGUAAAGAAACUGAAGAUGGAACAAAGGGCGUAUCAGUUGGCAUUCUUUAUGUUACGGAAGAGGACUCCCGGGCAGCAUCUCCAGUGAUCCAGAACAUUGCUGUUGUACUGGAAGAGGUUGUUGUUUUGGAAGACAUUCCAGAUACCUCAAGUGCUGUAGCAUACCUCUUUGGCCUUCUUUAUGCACUCAACUUUUCCUAUCCCAAAGAACUCCGGUACACUUUUGACACAAUUCAGAAUGUUUUCAUGGAGCUUGGGACUGGAUGUACGCAACGUGUGCUUUCUCUUAAAAACAAGAUGUUAAACUAAUACUGUAAACAGUGUUGUGUCAAUGGUCUGAUGUUACAAAGACCUAAUGUACAAUUUGAGUACUAAAUCUGUUUCAUGAGAGCCACUGUUUAGGCACUGUGUUCAGUUAAAUGGGUAACACUUCAUAAUAACUACACACUAUGAAUCAUUUGUUAAGCAUUAGCAAAUAGUUAGUUCAUUAUUUGUUAAGUAUUAACUCUAAUAGGCAUUAAUAAGCACUUUAUAAAUAUAGCCACAAAUGCUAUAUUCUUAAAUU